AUGUCUGAGGCUCCGGAGCAGGAGGACUUUGAGAAGCUCCACACCGUGUUUGACGGCUCUUCUCCGGAGGACGUGUCCCACGCCCGGCAGCUGUGGAGCUCGCUGUCCCUGCUGCCGCCGCUGGAGUCCCGGCUGGUGUCCGCAGAUAUCCGGCAGAGACUGCCGGUGUCCCGGCCGCAGCGCAGCGCCGCCGCCGCCGCCGCUCCGGGUCUCUGCGCACCGCUGCCGCCGCGCGUCCCCGCGCUCCGGCAGAGGCAGGAGGAGAGACAGCGGUACGCGGCCAUGGCCGACCAGAGGAGGGAGAUCCUGGCCCUGCUGGGGAGGCAGAGGGAGCGGAGGAUCCAGAAGGAGCUGAUCUCUGUGGCCUUUAAGCCGAAGGUGAAGUCCGGCACAGAGAAACUGCUGAAGCUCCAGAAACCUUCAGACUGUGAGGUGGACGAGGAGCUGGUGAAGCAGCUGCAGUAG